AUGUGGCGGCGGCGGCGGCGGAUAGCGCAGGGGGUGGGGGGCGGUGGCGGAGGAGGAGGAGGAGGGCGGCGGGGAUGGCCGUUGGCCGUGCUGUUGCUGGCGUUGUGGCUGCCGGCAGCGAGAUGUCGUGAGUUGUACUCGCCCACUGACCCUUUGGAGCUGCUGGGGACGGGAGCGGAGGGGCAGCUGCUGGGCUCUCCCAGCGCUUGGGCCGUCGAAUUCUUCGCCUCCUGGUGCGGGCACUGCGUCCACUUCGCGCCCACAUGGCGGGCCCUGGCCCACGACAUCCGCGAAUGGAGGCCUGCAGUGGUGCUGGCAGCCAUCGACUGCGCCGACGAGGCCAACCAGCAAGUGUGCACCGAUUUUGGGAUCACCGGCUUCCCCACGCUGAAGUUCUUCCGAGCUUUUAGCAAGAAGACAGAGGAUGGGAUAAGGAUUACCAAAACCAGCACCAGUGUUGAGGACCUGCGCCACACCAUCAUUACCAACCUUGAGCAAAGCCAGGACAACUGGCCACCUGCCUGUCCUCCACUGGAGCCAGCAAGCGCAGAGGAGGUUCGCACCUUCUUCCAGAGGAAUAAGGACCAGUACCUGGCACUGAUCUUUGAGAAGAGCAAUUCCUUCGUGGGCAGAGAGGUGGCACUGGACAUGCUGCAGUUUGAGAACGUGGCAGUGAGGAGGGUGCUGAGCAGUGAGGAAGAGCUUGUGGAGAAGUUUGGUGUCACCACUUUCCCUUCUGGCUACCUGCUCCUCCGCAAUGGUUCCUUUUUCCGGCUACCUGUGCACAUGGAGGCACGCUCCUUCUACACCUACUACCUGCGCACGCUCUCGGGCGUCACCCGCGGCUCCUACAAGCUGAACGUGACCCUUGGUGCUUCCAACGAGACCAGCGUGUCCCAUCUGAAGCGUGCCGACCGCUCCAAGGUGUACAUGGCUGACCUGGAGUCCACACUGCACUACUCGUUGCGGGUGGAAGCUGUCCGUCCUGCCACCAUGUCAGGAGCCCAGCUGGCUGCCUUCAAGUGCUAUGUGGCCACACUGGUGAAGUACUUCCCUGGGCGCCCCUAUGUGCAGACCUACCUGCAGUCCCUGGACGUCUGGCUGAAGAACUGGACAGAUCCUGAGCUGCCCCGGAGCACUUUGAAGGAGGCCAUGAAGAAUAACGGAGAUGCCUCCCACCCCGCCAUGCUCCCCACCAAUGUGACCUGGGUGGGCUGCCAGGGCAGUGAACGCCACUUCCGUGGCUACCCCUGUGGGCUCUGGACCCUCUUCCAUCUGCUGACUGUCCAGGCUGCCCAGAACGGCCCCAACAAAGAGCUGCCACUGGAGGUGCUGAGCACCAUCCGCUGCUACGUCCGGAAUUUCUUCGGCUGCCAGGAGUGUGCUGAGCACUUUGAAGCUAUGGCAGCCAAGUCCAUGGACCAGGUGGCAAGCCGGGAGGAAGCCGUCCUCUGGCUCUGGUCCCACCACAACGAGGUCAAUGCUCGCCUGGCAGGAGGUGACACAGAGGACCCCAAGUACCCCAAGCUGCAGUGGCCUCCACCGGAUAUGUGUCCCCAGUGUCACAAGGAGGAGCGGGGGGUGCACGCCUGGGAUGAGUCGGCCGUGCUCACCUUCCUCAAGGCACACUUCUCCCCGGCCAACGUCUACUUGGACUAUGCCAUGGCUGACCCCAUCCCCGCAGCUGGGGAGGAGAUGGAUGCCAGGCUGGGCACUGAGACCCCACGAGAGGAGAGGGAGAAGGAUGAGAAAGAGGAGGAGAAGGAGACAGAGAGCGAGGUGAGAGCUCCAGGGCGACAGGGCUCCCCUGAGCCCCGACGCCCCAGCAUUGUGCGUCUGAACCCCAAGCCUCGGGAGGUGAGCGAGGACAUCGUGGACCUGGACUCCUUCAGCGAGCAGCACUUCAAGAGCCAAGCGCUGCGAGCGGCGGCCGGCCGGCGCCGGCGACUCAGCAAACGAGACACCAUCGCCCUGCCCCGGGAGGCCGGCGUGGGCCGGGAGCGCCGGCAGGCUCCUGGGCUCCUGCUCCGGGAGGAGGAGGAGGUGGCUCGGGGGGUCGUUCAGAGAAGCCCCUGGCUGCGGGUGCUCGGCUUGGGCUUUUCCCGCCUGGACAUCAGCCUCUGCGUCGCCCUGUACUUCCUCUCCUCCAUGUGCCUCCUGGGCAUGUACACCUUCUUCCGCCUCCGCACCCGUGCCCGGAAAGGCCGCCUCGGCUUCCCCUUGGCCUGAGAGUGGUUUUAGGAGCCUGGGUACCCCCCCGAGACAGGGUUUUAUUCCUCAGUGGGAAGAGGUUUGUUGUGUUCCCCCAGGAGCUGCUCCGCUUGCAGCCAUCACAUCACCCAGGGUGGGAGAUGGAAGGUGGGGGCAGCUCUUUUCAGAGGAGAAAGGUGUUGGAGCAGCCCCCUCUCUGGUCCCAGUGCCACCCUUUUAGGGAUGCCAACAGCGGUUUGUGUCUCAGUACCCAGCUGCUCUUGGGUGCUCUCCAGAACUGGGUUGAUUUCAAACUGGAAAGUGUAGUCCCAUGCUGCAGAGCAGCCCUUUGGGGUCAAACCACUAGUGGGGCCAGAAGGGUGGGAUUUUAGCCCCCCAAAAGUGGGCACUGCUGGGCAGGGGGUAGCAGUUGUGGGUUCAGCUGCAUUUUUGUUUGUGUGUCCCCACCUUUCAUUGCCCCCUCCCUGUGCUGUUGCUCGCUCUCUGCUUGUCUUAGUGGAAUAAAUUAUUUUUGCCGAUGCCUGCCCCGCUGUGUAGGCUGGUCCCUGGCAUGUGGGCACAACCUCCUUGCCCUGCUGUCCCUCCACCUCUGACUGUCCCCACUCUGGUUUCCUACAUCACUUUGAGAUGAAUGCUGGCUUGGUUUAAAUAUUCUGAGUGGUUGUUACUGUGCAUUUUCUCCUGCUUUUUUUGCUGGAUGCACACUCAGCCUUACAGUCAGCAUGUCCCCAUGGUUGGGGUAGGUCACAGUUUGUUCUUAAGUUGGGUGAUGGGGAGGGACCCUGACAGAAAAAAGUUGGCACAAGCCAAGGAGCUGCAAGUUGGCGCUGGCCUGUGCCCAUGGUCCAGAGCAGAGAGAGAGA